AUGUCUGUGUCGGCAUUUCCAGCUACUGGGGUUCCUCCCCAGCUUGAAGACUGUGUUUGUGGAGCCAAGAGUGGCAAACUUGUGGUGGAAUCAAUAAAGCUUAAACGUUUGAAAAUUAUCGUCAAAGAGGUCACCAUCAACUGUCCUAAUCUCGUGGAAUUGUCAAUAGACUGCAAUGAUAUCGAAUACAUUAACGCACCAAGAUUGGCACGGCUAAAGCAUGUCUCGCCCAAGCCCUUCCCCUUUGGAGGCUUUCCGAUGCUCAUUCAAGUGGAGCUGGAAGGAUCCGUGCCUUUCUCAGACCUGAGCUCGGAGCUGGGAAAUAAUCAGGACACGAUAGAAAGGUGGUAUCCUCAGAACGUGGUGUUGAAACAGCACUUGAGAUCAAUUGAAAUUUCCAAUGUGUUGUUUCAAGAAUUGUCGAUAUCGGCUGAUUAUGUGAGACUACGCAAUUGCAUUCUUCGUGCGGGCGCCUGGAUCAUGGCACGGAAACUCGAAAUCAAUGUAGCUGCUUUGGUCGUUGGUGAUAAAGGUAUAAGAUGUCAAGAGUUGAUUUGCAACGAAAUCGACCAAGUUCCUUCCAUGGUGGAGGCGGUUUCCCUUGUGUUGAGGCGUCCAAAAAAAGAGAACCUUUACUGGCAAAUUCAUCAUACCAGAACUUCGCCAUUAUCGGGGACUCAAGUCUUUGACGAUCAACCAUAG